AUUGAUGUUAUCUUUGACCUUGUGAUGAUAUGAAGAUAAAUUAUACUGACAACUUGUUAUCAUUUGUUUGACAAUUAACAUUUAUAUAAUCUUUCAACUAUUGAUUUAGUUUAAGUACUCUUUAAAUGCUGGGCAAUAUUUAAUAAAAGACAAUCAUGUCGUAUGCUGAGUUGGUAGUGAUUGACGGUUCAGACCUCACUAAUUUACUGAUAGCCUGUUUUACCUGGUCAACACUCUACUUCACACUGUGUAUUUUAAACCCUAAACGUAGCUAUGAGUGGCACAUACGUACAGUCACACUAAUUCAUGCUGUUUUGGUGUCACUUCUAGGAGCUUAUGGUGCUAUUGUUAUUGGACCAUGGCCAUUUACUCAGUCAGGUGGACACAGCACACCAUAUCAACAUUAUGUGAUCACUAUGUCUCUGGGCUAUUUCUUGCUGGAUCUAUCAUGGUGUCUGUACUUUAAGACAGAAGGUCCUGUUAUGUUGGUACACCACACAAUGAGUAUAGUUGGACUAACUGUUUGUUUUCUGUUGAAGUACUAUGGUAUAGAAAUGAUAACCACCUUGUUUGGGUCAGAGGUCACCAAUCCUUUAUUGCAGUGCCGUUGGUUUCUACGUGAGACUAAUAACUACGAUUCAAUUCUCGGAGAUGUUGUCGACGUUGCCUUUAUGACAUUGUUUGGACUCUUUAGAAUAGUCCUAGGAACUUGCUUGCUGUAUUCAUACUUCGGACAAGAGAGCACAGAUUGGUUGGGUAGAUUGGCUGGUGUUCUUAUAUACAGUAUGGGGUGGGUUUUCUGGGUAAACAUUGUGCAGUAUAGUAUAAAGAAGUACAGAAAAAAGUAUGGUAAAUCAAAGUCUAAGUCAAAGACCACUAAUAAUAACAUUGAUGUAAAUGGUAAAGAAAAUAAUGGAGAGCUCAAAUUAAAUGGUAGUAUUGAACCUAAAAAUGGUUAUGUACAGACAAAGGAAAACGGUGCAGUUUCAAAUGGGCAUGUACAUAAAAGACAUGUAAAUGGGGCAGGUAGAAGUACAGAAAUUGUGACAGAGGAACAUGUAGCAUCAAGGUCCUAGGCGUAAUUAUGUUGUAGCUAAGAUUAACUUGUUGUCAUGUAAUGUACAUGUAUGCAAUCAUGUGAACAAAUUUGCUACCUUGAUACAUAUAAUUUUUCGAAAUCAUGCAAUGAAAGCAUAAUGAGUAAAUUGCAAUAUUACACAAUACUGUAUUUUGUGAGAUAAAAUGAAAUCUUGAUAUUAAAUAAAACAUACAUAUAGGCAUAAUGGGAUUAGUUAUAUGUAUAAGUAACUAAACGACCUUUUUAAUUUUGAUAUCUAGUUACUAUUGUACUUGUUUACAUUAUUUUGUAUUUAUUUUCAUCUAAAUAGAUAUUUUUUUAUUGUCUUUAAAAUUUAAACAUUUUCACCAAAGAUUUUCUGUAUUUUAUUGAUUCUAAAAUAGGUUGCAGCUUAUUUAAACUUAAGAAGUAAAAUACAGUAUUUUAGAAAAACCUCAGAAUUAUUUCAGUAUUGAAAUUUGAAAUACUUUACAAAAAAACCUCACUUGAAUUAAAAAAGAAUUAUUUUAUGGUAUAUUUUGACCAAAUUUUAUUUUCAAAAACAUUGAUUAUUUUCAAAAAAGUUAACAUACAUUAUAUGUAUGAACAAUCAAUCAGUCAACAACUGGCAAAUUUUUUUUUUUUUUUUUUUUUUUUACUUACACUUUUUGUUUAGAGUCAUUAUUAGUUCCUUUUCAUUAUUAUUUUUCAUUAGUGUCAAUGUAUGUACUGACUAUUUUUGACAAUUAAAGUAUUAAAUUUGUGCUCGUGAAUGUUUUGGAAUUGUAUGUUUGACUUACUUUUAAGUUUAUUAACGGGGGAAACAACCAACCCGAACAACAUUAUAGUUAAAGGAACUCCACUGAUGUAAACAUAAAAUUUUAAUUUUAUACAUAAAUCAGCUGGGGCACUUUAAACAGAGAAAUGCAAAAUAUAAUCGAGAAAUAUACUCGGAAAAUACUUUGAAAUUCGUAUUUUUGUGCAAUUCUUAGCCUGAUUUGAGUGAAAAGCAAUUUGCAAUGCUUAGUAUUUUAAUUAGUUUAUAACAAAAAAAUAUUGCUCUCUGUCUUCUAUGCAUUUAUUGAAAUAUUUGUUUGCUAGUAAUUUUAACAUUUUUGUUACUUCUGUAAUUUGAUGAAAUACAUUGUAUGUUUUGAUUACAUUAGAGAAUGAUGUUUAUAUCAUAGUCAGACAUAAUAUAAUGGGACAAGCAAUUGAGCAGUGCCAUGACAAAACCAACAUAAUGGGUUUGCGGUCAGCAUGGAUCUUGACCAGCCUACGCAUCCGGGCAGUCUGAUCAGGAUCCAUGCUGUUCGUUUACCAACCCUAUUGCAAGUAGAGAAAAUGAUAGCGAACAGCAUGGAUCCUGAUCAGACUGCGCGGAUGCGCAGGCUGAUCUGGAUCCAUGCUGGUCGCAAACGCACUAUGUUGGUUUUGUCAUAACACAGCUCAAUUGGAGUUUAGUGCUGCAUAAUCUUUUCAUGCAUUCAGACAGAGGCACAUAUAUGGCUAAUUUGAUCUAUAUUUUGUCCUUUAGUAUUUAAAUAGUCAUGACAUGAUGUUUUGAAAAUUGAUCAGUAUAUUUUUUUUAUUAAAACAGCUUUAUUUUAUGACUGAAUCACUAUGCGUAUGAAAUGAUGGCUGGUCAGUAUAGAGCCAGGCCUGAGACUGCACCGAUGUGUAGUCUCACCAGGAUUUAUACUGUAGACUUACUAAGCUUUCAUCUCCAAAGUAUUGAGUAUUUCCAAAAGGGUUAUAAUAGACAAUUCCAAAAAUGGAAGGUGGACAAGUCCAUUUAAGAAAUUGAAGUUAAAUUGACCAACUUUCCAAAGACAUUAUGUUCAACAUUGAUGUCUUGCCAUUUCAUAAAAUGUUAUUUUGGAUGUUUAUAAUGUUGGAAACUAGGAAAGAGUAAAAAAUUAUAAGGAAUGUUUUCUGGCUGUCUCUGUGCCUGUUUUCUCCUACACCACUUAAUCAGUUUUAAUAAAGUUUGACUGGAAUUAUUGAAAUUAUAACUUCUUGGGUAUAUGGGAAGAAAUUUGACUUUUGACUGAUGUAUGAUAACAUGUAGAGUUAAAAGUGUUAAGUAACCUGCAGUCAAUGUGGUGGACUGGGUUUAUUUGGGGACAUACAUCAUCAUUCAUAAAUAAGGAAUUCAUUUUCUAUGUGACACUGUCUGUUUUAAAGAAGGACAUGGUAUUUUUAUACUUUAUUUUAUACAAUGAUUUAUAGUUUUUCAUGCAUUAUUGGUGUCAUGUAUGACAUACAUGUAUAUCUGCUGUAUUAAUAUUGCAUGCUGUGAUUUCUUAUAUAAUUUAUAUACAUGUACAAUGUAUUAUAUCUUGUCUAGACUAGAUUAUGAUUCCAGAGCCAGUAAAAUAUGUAUGAUUCCCUUGAUAAAUUGUGUGAUACCAUGAAUAAGAUCCAUUAAAUUAUUGAAUGAUAGCAUAAUAUAGAUCUCCUGUAUAUUUUACAGAAUAAGACAAAAACUUUUGAUAUAUGAUAAAUAUGAUUGGCUUAUGUUCUUAUUUCUAGAUAUGUUUACAAUAAAUAAUGAUAUUGUCCUGAAGAUUUUAGGUUGUUAAAUGAGAUAUAAGUAAUAAGCUUUUUACUGUGCUCCUCUUUACUACCCACCAUUUUUAGACCUGUCAUGAAAGGUAUAUACAAAUGUAUGUUGUUCAAACAGCUACUGAUAUUUUUAUACUUUUAUAAAUUCAAGUAUAUGAUGUUUUGAUUCCAAAUUAUGUUGUACAUUUUGUAAUGUGCCAUUAUAUAUAUAUUUACAUAUAGUAUAUUUAUAUCUUUUUUUACCCUGACAGAUUCAGUACAUAAAUUGUUUGAAAUUUUAUGCCAAAGAAGUAAUAGGAUGAUUGGGACAUUUUUGCUUGAAAUGAAAUUCUUUACCAAAUCAGUUAACAUUGAAGGUAUGUUUGAAUCACACAUCAUAUGUCACUGUCUAUCCAUGAAUAUUUACAAGUCACAUAUGCACAAGUAUAAACCACAUGUUAAAAUAAAAUAGGAAAACAGCAGAUUUUCUAUUACUUUCAUGCCUUAUGUUUUUAAGUAAAUUCUAAUGAUUUUUUUCUGCAUAUUAAAAUGUGCUCACUUAUGAGGUCAUCAAAUCAUGACAUCACAAUGUACAUUCUGAAAAAUAUAAUUUUAAAAUUUUUCUCAAAUUUUGUUAAAAUUUAAAAUGUGCAAAAUAGCUAUGUGCUUCCCAUAAUUUUGUACAUUUUACUUGACAAAGCAUAUUUCUGGCCAAAUUUCCAUGCAAGUUUUGAUAUUAUUCUUUUCACUUAUAAUCAAAUAUUGUUGUGCUGCAGUGAAAUAAAAUUUUGAUGACUUCUAACUCUUCUAAAAAGCAUGCAUUAGAAUUGCAGUCUGGACAAUGGUGAAUAGAGUUACAAAGACAUGUGCUUUGAUUUAUACCUUCAUGUGUGCUAGGGCUAAGUUUGAUUUUGUUAAAUGUAAUUAUUUGAUUAUGCAGAAUUAAUGUGGUAAUAGUCUUUAACUUAUUAUUAUGCAAUUAUUUUGUAAUACAUUGUGGAAUGUGAUGUGUUAGUGAACUGUUGUAAUCACUGAUAGCCUCUUGUAUGUCAAUCACAUGUCCGAAACAGCUGCCUUUUUACCAGCCAGUGCUCUCUGACACUGAGUGAUUAUGGUUCAGACAUCAAAUAAUUUGCCACUCACUAAAGAUAUCUUGCUAGCUUAAUCAAGACUAGAAGCAACUGUACAAUGGAAAUGGAGGGGAAGAGUUUGAUAUCAUUUUACAAAAAAUUAAUUUUCUAGAAAUGUUUUUGAUAAUUUUUUUUGAGAGAUAUUAACUCAGCUUUCACAAGAAUGAACCAUAUUUGACUAUCUACCUUGGUUGUUCAGUUGAUUAAUCAAAAAAUAAGUUGCCAGUGAGAUUUGUUUUCACUUGUAUAUAAUAAUAUAAUACAGUGACCAUAUUGUGGUGUA